AUGUUUGUACUACCGGCUAUGAAGGACCCGGACGAUGACUUUUUCGAGGCCGCUAACAAGGCGAAAAUGAAGAAACUUACGCGGCCCCCACCCACGUUGGCUCCUGCGCUGCUGACACUGUGGGGUAUCCCUUUCGAGAGUGAGUUCCCGGAAGAGGGAUCGGGGCGGACGGCGAUUGUCCGGGAGUAUCUUAUGGGCUGCGCAUUAUGGAUACGGGAGUUCAACGCCUCUCUUAACAAGGUAUUCGACAGGGCCAUCAUGUACGCAAUAAAAGACGAAACUAUAGAGCGCGAAUUCAUUGAGGAGGAUGCGGACCGCUUUGCAUGGAAGCACUUCGCAGAGCACACACGACUGGCUGCAAUUGAGCGUUUUGUACGGAGGGAGGAGGAGGGGCGACGUGUUAUCGUUAGCGCUUUUCUCGUUUCAUCGUUGGCGUACGUCGGCCGCCUGGAGUCAGUGCACCGUCAGUACGUGGCCCUUCAAUUUUUGGAAAGUUUCUUUUUGAAACUUUGUCAGUGGAAACCUGGUUGGAUGUGGCGGCGCGUGCCUGACGUUUUCGAAGAUGGUGACUCAAAACCGGCGGUGGUUUUGCCAUCGUGGUUGGUUAGUCUUGAGGAAGAGGAGACGAUGGCGAGGAAGCACAUAGAAGAUAGUUUUUUCUCCAGAAUCUUACUAUCGGCUGAUGUCUUUGCUUCCGUGGAAAAACGGCUUACGUUUGAAGGGCACAAACUCCACUUUGAGGAAACCAUAGCGACAGCGUUCGAUAGGAGCGCCACUAUAAUUCAGGCAGCAUACCGCGGCUUCCGUUUGCGAAAACUUCGUUGCAUUCAGUGA